GGAAGGAGGGGUCUUAAGGGGCAGCGAGCCCAGGUCGGAUUUCCUCUCAGGCUGGCGAUCGUCCGGGCUCCCACCUUUCCUUAGAGCUCACCGCCGCCGCCCUGCCCUGCGCCCUCCGGACUCCGGGACCCGAUCACGAUGUGGAAACGCUGGCUCGCGCUCGCGCUGGUGGCCGUCGCCUGGGUCCACGCCGAGGAGGAACCAAGGAGCAAAUCCAAAAUCUGUGCCAACGUGUUUUGUGGAGCUGGCCGGGAGUGUGCUGUCACAGAGAAGGGGGAGCCCACCUGUCUGUGCAUUGAGCAAUGCAAACCUCACAAGAGGCCUGUGUGUGGCAGUAACGGCAAGACCUACCACAACCAUUGUGAACUACACCGAGACGCCUGCCUCACUGGGUCCAAAAUCCAGGUGGAUUAUGAUGGACACUGCAAAGAGAAGAAGCCGGUCAGUCCAUCUGCCAGCCCAGUCGUUUGCUAUCAGGCCAACCGUGAUGAGCUCCGGCAUCGCAUCAUCCAGUGGCUGGAAGCCGAGAUCAUUCCCGACGGCUGGUUCUCUAAAGGCAGCAACUACAGUGAAGUUCUUGAUAAGUACUUUAAGAACUUUGAUAAUGGUGACUCACGUCUGGACUCCAGUGAAUUCCUGAAAUUUGUGGAGCAGAAUGAAACUGCUGUCAACAUCACCACCUAUGCAAACCAGGAAAACAACAAGCUGCUAAGAGGACUCUGUGUCGAUGCGCUCAUCGAACUGUCUGAUGAAAAUGCCGACUGGAAACUCAGCUUCCAAGAGUUCCUCAAGUGCCUCAACCCAUCUUUCAACCCUCCAGAGAAGAAGUGUGCACUGGAGGAUGAGACAUACGCAGAUGGAGCCGAGACUGAGGUGGACUGUAACCGCUGCGUCUGUGCCUGUGGAAACUGGGUCUGCACAGCCAUGACAUGUGAUGGAAAGCAUCAGAAGGGGUCCCAGACCCAAACGGAGGAGGAGAUGACCAGAUAUGUCCAGGAUUUCCAAAAGCACCAGGAUACAGCUGAGAAGACCAAGAGUGUGAACACCAAAGAGAUCUGAGGAGGCGUGCAGGAACAGCGUCUGGAGCCCACACCUUCUCCUCCACUUCAGCGCUGAGCCCAGUAAACACAGAUGUCUGCUACAAUCGCCAAAUCACCAGUAUUUGCUUGUAUAGCAACGACUUUUGUUUUGUUUAUGUGUUUUGCAAUCAAGGAAAUGGGGGCGGUUGGCUAGGAGGGGAAGGCUCAGAGCCUUCCUUUUAGGAGUGCUUUGGGAGAAACUGUAAAUGAUGCUCUGAGGGCUGGAAGCAAGUCAGGAAACUGCAUCAAUGGUUGGAAAAGCAACAGACCCAGAACUGAGGCCUUUCUCAGUCCGUGGCUGCAGGGAUUGUCAGCAAGGCCAGAAAGAACUUAGUAGGCUGUCCUUGGGGGAGGACUCUAGGGAGGUCAGUUGGGAGGAACACAUUCUGCUUUUGGCUCCUUCCCAUUCAUCAACACCUGUCCUUCUCUUUUUAGUCCCAGCAACUGCCUCUACCUUCAUGGCCACCCUACUAACUACCCCAGCAUCCCUCAGGCUUGGAUGGAGUUUUCAGGAGGGUGUGUUCAAAUGAUGUAGAGACUUGUCUACUUCAAGCCCCUUAGAGACCUAACCAAAUUUUUAAAAUACUUUUUACCAAAGGUGCUAUUUUUCUGUAAAACACAUUUUGUUGGCAAGUUGACUUCCUUCUUCAACUAUUACCAUUAUAUUUUUGUUGUUGUUUAAUAUUUUGUUAUUGCAAUAGUAAGCUUUUGUAAUAUUUUUCAGUAGUCCUAUCAUUUCACAGGUGAAAGGAAUUUGGGGUUCUUCCUGGUGCUGGGAGCUCCUUAACCCAGACGUUGCCCACUCUACAGGCUAGAGACAACACAUUGUGGGCCUCCUGAUUUGCCAGCAGAUCAGCCAUCUGCCAGAGCAGCAGUGCCUCAGACAAGCCAGGGCAAGAUGACGCACUUUCACAGAAAGCUUUCAAGAUCCAAAACAUUAAAUUUUUUUCGUUGAUUCUGAGAGGUUCAGGCAAAUCAUAUUCAAGGUGUGGUGACAAAUGUGCUCACUUGUCUGUGCU